AUGGAAACGUUCAAGAAUCGUCAGUUUCAAUCACCCGGUACACAAAAUGGCUUCAAGUCUGUUUCACGGUCCCACAUCAUGUUCACACAAGAUCAGGUGACUCAGUUGGAGAUUCUGUUUAGUAACGAUCCUUACCCAAAGAUGAAGGACCGUCGCGAAAUAGCUGAUGUCAUGCGAAUAAGCGAAAGAAGAGUUCAGGUCUGGUUUCAGAACCGCAGAGCAAAAACAACCGCAACCAUGCUCGUCGGAAUGACAAGAUUUCGUUUGUUCAGGAUAGCAUUUCCUUCGGUCCUGCACAAUGGUACUAGAGACAGCGACGGAGAAGCCAGCAGUGUCAUUGUUGAAUCUGGUCGGGCUUCUCCAGCUGCAGCAGACUCUACAUUCAUUUCGUCUGUCAACGUCACCACUCCCUACUGCAACGGUAUUAUGUCUGCUCGGGAUGCUAAAAAAGCUGGAUGCAACAGAAUUAGAGGCUAUGAACCAACUUCGUUUAUUCGUCAAUUGCCAGACCAGACUGCUUCAUGA